AUGAGCUUGAAAGAAGUAUUCGAACAACAUCCAUGGAGGUCAUUUAAGAAGUUCAAUGAAGCCGCAAAGAGUUGGGGAUUUACUAACAGAGCUGAAGUGAAAAGGUUCUUUGACAAAAAUGUUGUACAUCAAACAAAAAUAAACCCUUACGACUACUUUUUACCAAUUUACUCCAACACUCCUGACGCAUACCAAUUUGACACUCUCAUUCAAAGCAGAAAAGGAGGACAUAAACCAUUCCUCAUCUUCAUUAAUGUUAACACUCGCAAAGCUUUUGCGUAUAUAAUGAGAAAUAAAGGAACUCGUGAAGUGUUAAGAGUUUUACAAAAGUUUGUAGCAGAACAUAGCCCAAGUACUUUAACAUCAGACCAAGACAGUGCAUACCUCAGCAACGAAAUCACAGAAUUUCUCAUUAAGCAUAACAUAACUCACUACACUACUGAAGACCAUAACCAUAAUAUUUUAGGUAUCAUUAAUCGCUUCAUAAGAACGCUCAGAGAUUUAAAUCAAGA